UGGACUCAAAUGCUAGUAACACCGGUAGGUUAGCUAUUGUCGGUCUGUCAGCCAAAGAGACAGGGAGUAUAAAAAUAUUAUAAUAAUAACAAUAAGGCUUUAUUUUGAUUUCCACAACCACAACCACACCGGGGGAGAUAACGGAAACGGCCGUAUGUGAUAUCCCCUAACUUGAACUGACAACAGCUGCAAGGAGACGAGUGGACAUAAUCAGACUACGUAAUCCCACUUGGACAGCAACACACGACUGUAACAAACAACAAAAGACAACGACAACCCACCGAGUGAAUAGCUAACAGACAGAUUGACACUUUGACCAGCCAGGGCUUUACAUAAAUGGCUGACAAGCAGAUCAGUUUGCCUGCCAAAUUGAUCAAUGGGGGGAUCGCUGGCCUAAUUGGAGUGACCUGUGUGUUUCCCAUUGACCUGGCCAAGACUCGCUUGCAAAACCAGCAAAAUGGAGCUCGCCUUUACACCAGCAUGUCAGAUUGCCUUAUUAAGACCAUCCGGUCAGAGGGGUAUUUUGGGAUGUACCGAGGAGCGGCGGUAAACUUGACACUAGUCACGCCAGAGAAAGCCAUCAAAUUGGCUGCCAACGACUUCUUCAGGCAUCACCUCUCUAAGGAUGGAAAACUCACUCUGUUCAAAGAGAUGCUGGCUGGGUGCGGGGCAGGUACAUGCCAGGUUAUUGUCACAACUCCUAUGGAGAUGUUGAAAAUCCAGCUCCAAGAUGCUGGACGAAUUGCGGCUCAGAGGAAGCUGAUGCCAGAGACGGUGGCAGCAGGUACUGUGGAGACCAAGUCCCCGACCGCCAUGCAGCUCACCAGAGAAUUACUGAGGGAAAAAGGUAUUGCUGGGCUCUAUAAAGGGCUUGGUGCCACAUUGCUCAGGGAUGUUCCUUUCUCCAUCAUCUAUUUCCCCCUUUUUGCCAACCUGAAUAACCUGGGCAAAAGAGGCGUGGACGGGCCUGCUCCUUUCUACGUGUCGUUUCUAUCAGGCUGCCUUGCCGGGAGCACGGCGGCUGUUGCUGUCAACCCUGUUGAUGUGAUAAAGACUAGACUGCAGUCGCUGAACCGAGGAAGCACAGAAGACACAUACAGUGGAGUGACUGACUGUAUCAGGAAAAUCCUGCGUAAUGAGGGUCCAUCAGCCUUCCUGAAGGGGGCCUACUGUCGAGCCUUGGUCAUUGCGCCUCUGUUUGGCAUCGCCCAGGUGAUCUACUUCCUUGGUGUGGGUGAAAUGAUCCUCAGCUUCUUGCCUAAAAAAGACAACUAAGAAGCACCUCCUUUCUGCCUUUCCCUCCCAUAAUGCAUCAAACCAACCGCGUGAGGAUUCAUCUCAUUCUGAAAGAAGUUUUUUUUCGAUGGGUCAAAGCCUGGCCAAUCCGUACAUUUUGUUUUACAUUUCUUGUGUUGAAUGUUGAAAUAGUUUAGGAGGGAGCCUUUGUUUGCCAAGCUGCCUGUGGUGGCACACUUCCAGUAGGCAUGCUCAGCUAGCUCUCUGGAAAUGAAGCCACAAAUAUCAGUUGAAGUUUUAAAGGAAUAUUGCUUUACAAUUACAUUUUAUUGCAUUUUUGAAUAUGAUUGUUGAAUUUUCACAAUACUUGUACUGCCCUUGGUUGCUGCAGUUCUGCAAGCCCUACAGUACCAAAUUUAGGUACUAAAUUAGUCAUUUACAGUACUAAGUUUUAAUUAUAAGCCGUAACUAGAUGAAUUAAAUGCACAUACUUUAAUUAGAAAAAUAUGUGAGAACAUUAGAUCCGGUAGAAUAUUUACUGCAGAUGCUAUUCAAAGAAUUCCCCCCAGACCUUAUGUCUUAAAAGAUAGCAUACUUAGAGCAAAAUAUAUGCCUCUGUUUCAGACAGACACAGGGAAUGUGUUGAUUUGAUACCAGCACACACCCUGUGAUCUUUUCUGAGAAGCCACAUCCCUUCCUGUAAGUGGUUUUAAUGAACUCAGCCAUUCAGCUCCGAGCAGACUUUGAUUGCCUUGGCUUUUUAGGUAGAUCAGGUUCCAUCUGAUAUUUAGUGCUACCACAAUGGUUCGACUGUUUUGCCUCUGUGAAAGAUAUCUCACGUUUCGUAGUCACACACUAGACUGAGGAGACGGCGUACAACAUUUGGGCAUUAUUAUGCACUACCAAACUAUGUGUAAAGGUUAACCUCGACACAGAAUCACAUAAAAAAAAAACUGCUUCUAUUCUUCUUCCUAUGGGUCAAAACCGUCAACCAUGUUGUGCUUGUGGCCACACCCCAAUCAGUGAUGUCACAGCGGGGGUUUAGCCUUUGACGGAUAAUGGGAAAACACCUGCUGUGACAUCACUGAUUGGAUUGUGGCCAAAAGUGUUGCAUGCUUUAAAAAAUACAGUCCACGGAGAACAGUGCAGUUUGUGCGAUUUUCUGCCCCUUUGUGAUUCAUUGUGUAUUCAGACGAAAGCAUUAGCUGUGAACACUAAAUGGGUUGAAAGUAAUUUUAAUAGAAUUCCUGAUUAUUGGUAGAUGUUCAGUAAUUAUGCUGACAAAUGGUCAGACAUCGUAUGCCGAGGCCUCGUGAUUACAGUCAUCCAUUGUGGAGCCAGCAAGACCUUAGCUGGAGUAGUAAACCCCUUAGAUCCAGACAUAAUUAUUGUUGUUUACACAUGAGUUCACGCUUGAUUUAAAUUCUUUGUCCGAACUUGAAUUCAGUGGCAGGAGCCAAAGAGCUAAUGAAAAACAUUUCUUUAUCAGAAAAUUAAACCAAUGUGGUUUCAGUGUUUUAUAAGUUUUACCAAACAUCUCUGCUUGUUUGCUUUAGAGGUUUUGUUUGCUUUAAGCUGCUAGGGAAAGCAGCCCCGUCUAUCUUGUUUAUGCAUCACAACACUGAAGCCCUGCCAUUGGUUUAUCUCGCCGGAGAUCAAGGUGACUUUGAUGUGUGUUAUCCAAUCACAUUCCUUCCUCGCUCCCGCUGUUCAAGCAGCUCGUCAAUUGUACUGUUGCACUGUAGAUACACGAUGCAACUUUUCAAUGUAUUAUCAUUUGUGGGAGUGAGGUCUAUUUAUCAAUAUUCCUUUCUAUAGGCAGUAUAGCACUAUAUAUUUCUAUGUGUUGUUUUUUCUGUGUCAAAGUGUCCACCUUAACUAUUGUACAUAUGCAGAUGAUAUGAACUUUAUGUUUUAGGAUUUAUUGUUUGUUUUGUACAUGAUGGCUUAUUUGCACACCUACCUCUCCAGCCCCCCCCCCUCGAUCCAUAUUGUGGUGAUUUUAUGUUACGAUGAUGUGUACAUAUCAAAUGAAGAAACACGUUUUAAUGCAACAAGCAUCAUUUAAACUUAAAUGCAGCAUAUCGAUGAGGGUUUUUUUACUGUAUGCAAAAGGGGAACACUAGUGUAGAUAGGAUGGUUUUUUGGAGGUGCCAUUUCUCCCGUGCUGUCUAAGCUGGGUCGGCCGUUUGUCCUGUUUCCUACAGUUUUACUAACUGGGACCAAAUGAAGCGUCAUAUAAUGAGGAUUGCAAUGUAGUUAGUUUUAAGUGAAUGACCUAUGGCACUACUUAAACUGUUCUGGGAAUGAAAUACACGGUGGACAAGGCCAGUAGGGACCUGCUGACAUUAGACUGUAAAUCUAACAUCUGUCUUUUUGAAUGGUGCUUCUUUCACGAGGUCGCUGCAAUACGACGGCGGCCGCACUAACGACCAAGGCUGUACCGACUGAAACACAUGCUAGCGGAUCUCAGCAUUAUAAAUGUCUUAACUGAAAGCCAUAGGUCAGGGAGGGGCAAAAGAACUACUAGACAUCGACUGGCACCUCCAGCCAUGUUGACAGAGGACAGCUGAGCCACAGGAAAGUGGCACAAAAAAAAAAAGACCUGCCUACUCGUGUGAGCUUGUCUUUAUGAAUUACUGUUGUAGUUUUUUCAACAUUCCGAUUGCUAGUUCAUCUCAUAUAUAUGACGUGUAUUGUGAUUAUAAUGCCUAUUUUUGUGUUUAUGUGAGAUUAUUGUUAUGAUUUUUGAAUCCCCCCAACCCCACCCACUCCCCCCUGGUUGUUUUCAGAUUUUAUCGUCUGUUUUUGGUUGAAUCUUGAAAAUGUUGUGCAAAGUCAUUUUGUUUUACACAGCUGUGAAUCUUCACUGACCUUGUGCAUUUGGUUAUGUAUGUGCGUGUGUGUCUGACUGUGUGUAGUUCUGUAGUUGAUGUGUAGUGGUUAGUGUGACACUGCGGUAUUUUUCUCUUUGAUUGUCAGACCCAUGCUCUCUCCCCUCUUUUCUUCUAUCUGUCACACUUCUCUGCGAUCUCCUCUCCCCAGCAUCCACAGCCAGGGGAUGCAGGUUAAUACAGAGGAGCUCUAAAAACACCAAAUGUAUGACUUAGAGUGUAUACAAUCAAAGAAAGCACAAAGGAUUAUUAGGCACAAGAGACCAUAUGGCCCAUUUUGAUUAUACUCAGACAAAGUCCUUUCAGAACAAUGUGCUGCUUUUGCAGAUAUGGAUUAAAGUCCGAUUUAUUUCAGUGGAGAUGUCGUUUGAGAUUAACUUUUUAGUCUUGUGAGAAAGUUUAUCUAUGUCUGUAAAACUUGAUCGAUAGGGCUGAGACAACAGGAUGAGAGACCCUAGUGAUGGUGUCCACUAUGUUAACCAUCAGCAGUUAUCCACAAAAAAUGUAUAUCGCCUAAAUAUUCUAAAUGAAUCAGAUAUAAGAAUGUAACUUAGAUAUUAUGAGAUGUAUUAUAAAUAUAGUGAAGAGUUUAUUAAGUUUUAAUCGAAAGAUUUGUGCUUUACACAUUCACUGAAAAAUCCAUGAACCAGCUCACUGAUAUGCAAUAAGUAGGAGACACACACAGACACACACUUGAAAAAACAAAUUAAAAAAACAGAAAAAAAAACAACAACACAACUUGUCAAUUAAAAAUCACACAAUGUAUGAUGCAACUGGGGACCUUGGAGGCUUUUUGGGGUCUGAGCUCUCUUCACGGCCUCUGUUGUCUUCCUCCAAGAGGAAUUGUGCAUUACAGCACUUUAAUACAAGGAUCCCCCACCCCCACCCCACUGUCCAUCUACAAAGUCUCUCUGUGACAAAGAGGGUGUUUAUGAAUACGUGUGGUGAAUGACACCGUUGUCCUACACACUGAUGACAAUACAAUGGAAAAAAAAUUAAGUAAAAUAUUGUGUUUCCUGUCACAAUUUGCUGUUCAAUAAACUGACUGUCCUCAAA